AUGUCUAGAUACCGAGGGCUAGUGUCGCACUUGUCGAAACGACAGCCAUGUCAUCACCGCUGGCUCUCAAACGGUAGCGCUCAUAUCGACAACUCCACCGGCGCUGCCAACGACUCCACAGUGGCCCCGUCCCAAGUGCUACGAUAUGCUCUAAGCGGAGACCCUGAGACUCAUACAACGACCUUAAGGAAGACAACUCGAAGUAAAAUCAACGACGAUCUAGCACUCAUUUUGGCGAAGAGGAAACUCGACAGGCGAGAUCCGCAUGGACGCCUUAUCUCCUUACCGGGUGGUGCACGCGUGCCGACAGAGUUGCAAAAUGUAUCCGACUUGCAGGAACUGAAACUAUGGUUCGAGCAAUUUAUAGUUGCUGGGUUUAGCCCAAUGUCAGAGCUGGACGUCUCGUUGAAGGAUGCGCUUGUUAGAUGCGAAAAGUCGAGUUCCUCUCUCGAAAUUCUGUCUGUGUUGACUACUGUCAUAUCCAGACACAAAGAUACGGAUGUUUCUAUUCCCAAAUCGGUUAUAGAUGCUGGCCUAUAUUACGCAGUCCAAAGCUUUUCGGUGCCUGCUUUCCGCUAUCAUUUAGCAUCGUAUAGAGGUAAGUUGGAUGUGAGGACCACAAAAGAGUUGACUCAAGGUCUUCUGCGCACGCUGCGGACAGUUCGUUUUGCCGACCCAGGUUAUGAUACACGUCCCAUAUUAGAACUCGUGGCAGAUACUACAGGUCCAGGGUCGACAUUUCUUACCGUUGCACAGUUUGGCGAAGGAACGUAUGCACCAUUUAUUGAGCUUCUGUGCGAACUUGGAGCAAGCAAGGCUCACGAAGUCAUGUGGGAUAAGCUGGUGGAGCAGAUUGUUGAAAUACAGCGCUCCUCGAAAAUUCUCACCUCAGCUAUGGUUGAUGAUGCGUACAGGUCUGUCGUGAUCUUCUUCAAAUUCGGCAUGACAGAUUAUGCGAUGGCCUGUAUGGACUUUAUGUCGAAGACAGUCACAGACAUGUCGCCAUCAUUAGACUUAGCGACAGAACUGGCCGCUUUCUUAAAUGAAAAUGGCUUGGAAGUCCCUGCAAUGGUCGAAGAACCGAUCCAAAAAGCGCUGAGCCAGGCGCUAGAGCAGCAGGAUUCAGCAUCUACAGAAAACACGGAUUUAGGCAAUGAUAUGGCUGACUUUUCGACCGUACGAAGUCUGCUCGCACGCAUCAACGACAAUGGUACAUCUGUUUCGGCAUCCAAGAUUGCUGAUUUGAUCGAUGCUCUGAACGAUUGCGCAGGAUUGGCGAUCCCUUUAUUUAUUGAAUCAUUCGAAAACUACGAUAUCGAAUAUGCGUGGUCACCUCAAUGGAUUCCCGGAGUCUCGGACUCAUCCAGGAUAUCCUUCUCUCUGCAUGAUUCGCAAACAUUGGGUUUACUUCGAGCCCAGAUUGCAAGUAGGGGAAUCAUUGUUCAUUCAGACCGUUCCCGAAAUCUGGUACAGCUCGGACAUCUCGUGCGACGCGAAUUCUACUCAGGUGCUUCUCAAGAAUCAACUCCUUGGACUAAGACCGGCUAUCUCGUUGUCUUUGACCGACUAUCAGCAGAGUAUCUAAUCAUUUACAUGGGAGAAGACAUCGCGAUUAUUGAUCCAGAAUACCGAGCUCAUCCCGAGCAAAGUCCUGUCACUGGCUAUGAACAACAUUCUUUCAUUGGUCCACUCUCGCAUGUAGCUAUGCCUACCAGUGUCCAGGACUUGGACAGGGAUAUCAGCGGGGUUAUCACGCCUGUGAAAAACGCAGCUAGCCGGUAUGUUCUGGAUCUGGAUCCCGGUGUCAAUUUGCAGCCGUGA